AUGAUCCUCAGCCAGCUGACCACUCUCUUGAGCCUGCUCACUGGGGCCUGGCUGCCCACAGGCUCAGGGAGGCCUGGACUCCGAGGCCUCCCAGCUCAGCCCCAGGCUGCUGCCAAUGAGACCCAGUCUCUGGGUCAAGGGGCUCCAGCCUUCCCAGUGCCAUCCUCUGCCCUUGGCAGCUGGAAGGCCUUCUUGGGCCUGCAGAAAACUGGGCAGCUGGGGACAGGCAGGCUGCAGCAUGGGCAGGAUGUGGCAUCACUGUCUCUGCCACUGGACCCACAGGAAGUGGCCCAGGAGAUGUGCAAAGCUGUGCCCUUCACUCAAGUGCUCUCCCGGCUGGGCUUCAUGGCUGUCCACCUCCUCAAUCACCUCUGCUUUGGCCACUGCUCCUCUUCCUACAUCCCGCUCAUCCUCUGCAAUAGCUGUGUGCCCGCUCGCACGCGCUGGGCACCUGUGGUUCUCUGGUGUUGGGCGGGCAGCCCAGCCUCCCGUCGCCAGGUGAAGAUGUCCACUGUGCGGGUUGAGGGGUGUCAGUGCAGACCAAAGUCUCUGCCGGCUCGAGUGGGUCCGGGUGGGUCCGGGACAGCCCGGCCCGGGCGCCGCUGCGAACAAUGCCCCAUUCACGCGGCCAGUCAGCGCCAUGGCAACGCGCCCGCCCCGCCCUCCCCGCGUGCGGGCCGCUCGUGCCAAGAGGAUGCCAUGGUUACCGCGGCGGCGGCGGCGGCGGCGGCGGCGGCGGCGGCGGGCGAGGGUGACCGGCCGAGCGGCGGCGGCAUGGAGUAG